AUGUGCGUGGAAAUGGAGGCAGCAGGACUAAUGGACGGCUUUCCCUGCCUGGUCAUUCGCGGCAUCUGCGAUUAUGCUGAUGAGUUCAAGAACGAUGCUUGGCAUCGAUACGCCGCCACUACAGCGGCUGCAUACGCUAAAGACUUCCUCUUGUACAUCUCGCCGCAACAGAUCAUCGAACACACGAACUCCUUGGCGAAGGCAUCCAGCUUCAGAAACAAGCCAUCGAGGUACAACGCGAGCACUUUCAAACCGAGCGUGAACGACAUUGCCACCACGCUUUUAAAACAAGUCCCUAUGAAGAGUAUUAAACCAACAAUCUUGAGAGAGUCUCGGGCACAUGCCAAUGGUUGCUCAACCAUAGUCAGUUUCGAGCAUGGCAACAAAGCAGUCAUCGUGAUCUCCUGUGGAUCUCGGCCGACCCGGGAUGUGGCAAAUCCGUCCUCGCAAAGUUUCUGGUCGAUCAUGAGUUUGGUGAUGCAGAUCAGUAUAGUGUCUGCUACUUUUUCUUCAAAGACAAUGAACGCCAGGACAACCUUAACACUGCUUUAUGCGCCGUUCUCCACCAACUUUUUGAUCACCAACCGUCACUACUGCGUCAUGCGCUGCCCGCAUGGGAUAAGGUCCAGGACAAGAUACAGCAAGAAAGCUGGACCCAUCAUAUGCGUCCUGGACACACUUGACGAAUGUCGGGACGAGGAUCGACGACAGCUCAUCAGUAAACUUUGUGGUUUUAACCAACGGUCAUCGCCUGCGCUGUCUGGGGCUUGGCUGAAAAUUUUGGUGACGAGCCGGCCGUAUGACAGUGUGCAGCGCUGGUUUGAGGAGACUACAUCACAUCUGCCACAGAUCCGGCUGCGACGAGAGGACAAGAACGACCAGAUCCACGAGGAGAUCAAUCUGGUGAUAGACCUACAGAUAGACAGGCUUGCAGCUGAGUUUAGGCUUUCCGAAAAUCACCAAGAGAGGCUACGACAAAGUCUACGACAGAUGGAACAUCGCACUUACCUCUGGCUUUAUCUGGCCAUGGAAGACAUACGGACCACGUAUCUGAACAGCCCUGAUCCCGAAGAGGAGCCCACUAACACUCUCCCUAAAUCAGUAGAGAGUGCAUACGAACGCAUAUUGCAAAGAAUUACCGAAAAACAGAAGUCCCAGGCGCGAAAGAUCUUGCUCAUCAUCGUUGGUGCGCGACGCCCAUUAACCAUUAGCGAGAUGGGCCUGGCGUUGAAUGCGGCCAGCGCGCACGAACUGGGUCAAUCGUAUAUGAAGGAGCCGAACGUGCAGCAGGAGAGACAUGUCCGACAAUGGUGUGGCCUCUUCGUCUUCAUCAACCAUUCCCAGCUCUUUCUCAUCCACCAAACUGCUAAGGAGUUCCUUGUCGCACAGAGCACCAAUUUCAGUUUUGUAUCAGGCCGCUGGCAGUCAACAUUUUCCCAGACGGAGAUUAAAGGUGAAAUGACGAGACUGUGUGUGGCGUACUUGUGUCUCCGUCAACAAGAUCGCAGACCUAUCGACGAAGACCGGCAGGGUUACAAGCGCGCCAACACCAUAGUCACAGUGAUCCCAUCAUCAACUUGGGAAGAGCAGAACAAAUUCUUUGAAUAUUGUGCUGAGCAUUGGACAUCGCAUCUAAGAGAGGAUGUUGUUACCAAAGACUGGAAAGUACUAGAUCGAGUCUUACUCUUAUACAAAACAGAUACAGAUCAAUUUCAUGCAUGGUUUCCCAUUAUGUGGAAGGCACUUUACCCAUAUAAAUCGACGGCGGAAGUACAGAUUCAACAUGUGGUUUCCAUGAGUGGUCACGCGUUCGUCCUUAAUGAAAUCUUUCACAAGGCUAUAUUCGAGUUGGAGGCACAGGAUAGCACUGGUAGAACAGCAUUACAUUGGGCGGCUGAAAGAGGUCAUGGAGCUGUGGUGGAUUAUCUUAUCAAAUUAAGAGCCAACGUCAAUGCUCAAGGUGGAGAGUAUGGCAAUUCUCUACAGGCAGCAUCAUCAAGAGGUCACAAGAAGGUGGUGGAGAUGUUGCUAGCCAAGGGCGCAGAGGUGAAUGCUCAAGGUGGAGAGUAUAGCAAUGCUCUACAGGCGGCAUCAUCAAGAGGUCACGAGAAGGUGGUGGAGAUGUUGCAAAAACAGUAG